AUGACAGCGCUCAGCAUGCCAGCGAGUAGCUCUGCGGCACCAAACCUCAGAAACAGCCGCCUUGAGGCGACGUGUGAAUCGUACGGGGUCGACAGUCGACUCCUCUAUAACGAUAUUGAGCGACUUUCGAAAAAGCGCUUCGACUACGCCCAACGUCUUGUCUUGUGGAGUCGACUGUUAAGCGUGGUAUCGCUUCUCACGGCCGGGGCCACCGGUCUCGCAGUCUACUACCAACGGGCGCAGAUCUACCGUGUCUGGCGGCUGCGCAACCCCCGCAAGGUACAGCAGCUUGGGCAGCUCACCGCGCUUAGCGGCGGCUUUAGCCUCUGCAGCGUAUUGUUUCUCAUUAGCCCCGUUGGCUUUAUGCGUUUGCAUGAAAAGGAGCUCCAGCGGACGAAGCAGCUGGACGCCAUUGCUGUCGCUGCCCUUGUGCAGGAGCAGAACUUCCGCACGGUAGCUGCGUGGGCGCGUACCGCUGCUGACACACGCCGACUGGCACCUGCCUCCUCCUCCUCCUCCUCGUCCUCCACGGUGUCGCCAUCGCCUACCAUCGCUGCCGCCACAGAGACAGUAGGACGAGGAAGGGAGGGGCAAGGUGGAAUAGGACCGGAGCUGCAGUGGGUAUGGAGCGAGGUUGUGCUUGAUCCCGCGCAGCUUCUACAGCCGCCUUUCGACUGCGAGACACAACAGAGGUCAGUGGGUACCGUUAAUACAGUGAAGCCCCAGCCGCCGCCAGCUGGCUCUGCAGGUGCAGCUGCAGCCGCAGUCACCGAUGCUGAUCCAGACAUGCUAGCCGCCAAGAAGCGGCUCGCCUCCCAGUUACUGGGCAACUCCGAAAUUUUCGACAACUCAACACGCGGUGACAGUGAUGCCGCCUCCGCAGCCGAGCCUCUCACCUGGCGACAGCAGUCGCGGCGCGUGUGGAGUCGCACGGCAGACCCCAUGGAGCUCCAGCACUUGAAAGACGAGUGCGUUGCCAUGUGGGAAGGACUCGUGGCAGAGAAGACAAGUAUCGUACAGCAGGUCUUGUGA